AUGUUGGCGUUGAACGCCGUAACCCUAGUCGGAACAAUGAUCCGAGCAAACCACAUCAUCGUCGAAGCCGAGGACAUGGAAUUCGCCACCGUCUGGUGGUUCGUCUACGCGGGCAUCUCUUGCAUUCUCGUGCUCUUCGCCGGCAUUAUGUCCGGCCUUACCUUGGGCUUGAUGUCCCUCGGCCUCGUCGACCUCGAGAUUCUGCAGAGGAGCGGUACGCUGACGGAGAAGAAGCAAGCUGCUGCAAUUCUGCCCGUGGUACAGAAGCAACACCAGCUUCUAGUGACUCUGCUGCUAUGCAAUGCUUGUGCAAUGGAGGCGCUCCCAAUAUGCCUUGACAAGAUUUUCACUCCUUUGAUUGCUGUUGUGCUCUCUGUAACCUUUGUCCUCGCGUUUGGGGAGAUUAUUCCUCAAGCAGUGUGUUCAAGGUACGGACUCUAUGUGGGUGCCAAUUUCGUGUGGUUGGUUCGAAUUUUGAUGGUCAUUUGCUAUCCCAUCGCAUACCCAAUUGGAAAGGCUCUGGAUGUUAUACUUGGACACAGUGACUCCCUAUUCAGAAGAGCUCAGCUCAAAGCCCUCGUCUCCAUCCACAGCCAAGAGGCUGGAAAAGGGGGUGAACUCACACAUGAUGAGACGACAAUCAUUAGUGGGGCACUAGAUUUGACAGAAAAGACAGCGGAGGAAGCUAUGACGCCAAUUGAAUCAACAUUUUCCCUGGAUGUUAGGUCCAAAUUGGAUUGGGAAGCAAUUGGCAAAAUUCUUGCACGUGGUCAUAGUCGCGUUCCUAUAUAUUCCGAAAGUCCGAAGAACAUCAUUGGUCUUCUUCUGGUGAAGAGUCUUCUUACGGUUCGUCCCGAAACAGAAACUCCAGUUAGUGCAGUUUCUAUCCGGCGAAUGCCUAGGGUUCCAUCAGAUAUGCCUUUGUAUGAUAUCCUUAACGAGUUUCAGCAGGGAAGUAGUCAUAUGGCAGCUGUGGUAAAGGUCAAAGGCAAGACCAAAAGUCUACAAUCUACGACUGAUGGAGAAGUUUUCGACAAAAACAAAUUUGGGAAUUUUAUUUCCAAGUUGAGUACCCCGCUCCUGUCCAAGCAAGAUAAAUCAGAAAAUGUCGUGAUCGAAGUUGAAAAAGCUUCGAGGAACACCUCAAAUAAGAAAACACAGUUGCUUAAUGGCAUUGCCACGAACAGCUUACUUUCUGCUCCAGAGGAGAUUGAAGAUGGGGAAGUCAUUGGUAUUAUUACUCUGGAAGAUGUGUUUGAGGAAUUGCUUCAAGAGGAAAUUGUGGAUGAGACUGAUGAAUAUGUUGAUGUUCAUAGAAAAAUACGGGUUGCCGCUGCUGCAGCAGCUUCAUCUGUGGCACGAGCUCCAUCAACACGGAGGCUGCCUGGUCAAAGACCUGCUGCAGGACAAGGGAGGCAACAAGGGCAAACAAAGAAGAGGAGUGGAGGAUGA